AUGUCUGACGUAACACCAGAUGAUGAAUUACUGUCAAUGCUCCUGGUAAACCUACGCAACGCUGCAGCCACGUUUGGAGAAGGCACGCCACCAUACGAAAGCAUCAGGACGACAAUCGAGGACCAUAUACGAAGUAUGAGAGCUACAGGUUCGAGCACGAACAUAUCUGGGGCUCGUAAGGCACACGAGGAGGCCCACGCAGCCACCACCGAGCUUUCUGCCUCAUUCGCAAAUCUGGCAUUUCGUCCGAAGCCUACGUGA